AUGACGCCGCAUCAGAUCCUCUUGCUGUUCUCCCUGGCUUUACCAGCUUGGGCUGGGAUUAACAUCCCAGUGCACGAGCGUCAGUGCGAUGGGGCGGCAUGGGUAUGCAGAAUCGUCUGCAGUCAAGGCAUGCUCGGAGGCAAAGGCCAAAAAGCAAACUGGUGCGUCGCAAAGCAUUGCACCAAGCAAAAAUCCGUUGUCGAGAGCAUGAUUGCCGCCGGCCAGGACUAUUGCUCCAAGAACACUUGUUUUAUCCAGGAGACCGAAGCGAUCGGCUUGUUGCAGAGGCCCCAGCAAGGCCGACUGGCUUUAAGUCAGGUCAAUGCCACGACCGAUUGCCUCGACGAGAAAGCAGUCUGUGGCAAGUUCUGUGAUGGACUGAACUCGCCAAAAGACUUCUGCAUGCCCAAGUGCCUUGAUAAUGUGCAUGCCAUCGCAGAUGCCUUGAAGGAGUACUGUGAUGAAUGUGGUUCGCCACCGGACUACAAGACCACCACAGAAAAGGAGUACAAGACGACCACCGACGAGGUUACCACCACCGAGGAGCCCACGACCACCACCGAGGAGCCCACGACGACCACCGAAGAGCCCACGACGACCACCGAAGAGCCCACGACGACCACAGAAGAGCCCACGACCACCACCGAG